CGCGACAUAAUGAUUUAAAAAAAAUAUCAGAAUUAAACUGAAACGUAAACUAGAAUUCAGUACAGCAAAUGGAUGAAUAUUUUGAAGUGAACUUCAAUGUUAACGUACGGAGUAGCUGACUGAUCUCUGAAUCUCCAACUCUUGAGAUCUCCAACGAUGAACGCCACAGCAGUUAUAGCCAGUUUGAAGAAAAGACAGGGAGCUCUGUACACUCUCAUGAUGUUACAGCUCACUGGUUAUUUGUAUCCACCUCCAGCUCUGCUGAAAUCUGGUGAUAGCUUCGACUACAUCAUAGUAGGAGGCGGUACAGCAGGUAGCGUGAUAGCAACCAGGCUGGCCCAGCAGAAAUACAACGUGCUCCUCAUUGAAGCUGGACAUGACGCUCCUUUUGAAAGCAGGUAUCCAUCAUUGGUGGCGUAUCUAAAAAAAUCAAAAUCAGAUUGGAAUUACACCUCCGUGAAUGAUACAUACAGCUACCAGUGUCACAAAAAUAAUGUAGUAGAAUUUACCCAAGGAAUUAUGCUUGGAGGAACAAGCGCAUUAAACUUCAUGACCUGGUCCCGGGGAAACCCUAAAAAUUUUGACAAAUGGCACUGGAUCACAAAAGAUCCCACUUGGAAAUGGGAAAACGUACUACCAUAUUUCAUCAAGUCUGAAGCUAUGCACGAUUCUGAAAUCAUGAACUCUCCUCUCAAAUAUUUUUAUGGAACCAAUGGAUAUAUAGGUAUUACUAGAGAAAACAAAUCGUUUACUGCUGAUUACUUAAAAGGCUUUGAAGAACUCGGUAAAGAAAUGAUUGCUGAUAAUGAUGGAAACAGAAAUGGAUACGCACGAGGGCUCAUAACAGUGUACAAUGGAAUGAGACAAGAUUCUGGAUCACAGUACCUAAAACAUGUUGUUGACAGUUCUUAUUUAGCGGUAGCAAAAGGUACUUUAGUAACAAAAAUCUUAUUCGAUGAAAACCGCAAUGCUGUGGGCGUUGAAGUUCACACCGAUGAUGGAAGAAAUGUUACUAUUAACGCUAGACAGGAGAUCAUCGUAGCUGCUGGUACUAUGAAGUCACCUCAACUGUUAAUGCUCUCAGGCAUAGGCCCGUGUAGAGACUUAAAGAGAUUAAAUAUUACUUGUAUCGCCAACUUACCGGUUGGGAAAAAUCUCCAAGAUCACAUAGCAGCAUUUAUACCACAUACAACCAAUAAGAGAUUGACAAAAGGUAGUGUAGAUCCUAAUGAAUAUCCCACUGGCUUAUUUAUUGGGUAUGCGUCAUUGAAUAUGCCUGAUGUUAAACAAUACAUAAAGUUCCCAGACUACGAAGCUUCGGGCUUCAUCAUGAAUGAAAUGAAGGUUUUGCUUCAAUUCUGUGCAUUUACUUUGGGUUUUUCAAAUUCUCUCUGCAAUAAACUGUAUGAAAAAGCCAACGGAAGACAAGUUUUAGUUACUCUUUUAAGCAAUUUAUAUGGAUACUCUCGGGGACAAGUACGUCUCCAAAGUGCUAAUCCUCACGAUCCACCGUUGAUGAUUACAGACAGUUUUUCAAAUGAUUUAGAUUUAGACAAUUUUGUUGAUCACAUUGUCGAUUAUUUAAAAGUUGAAGAGACAAAAGCAUUUAAAAACUUAUCAGCGACCAUGGUAGAUCUAACGACACCAAGAUGUGAUGCAUUUAAAAAGGGAAGUCGAGGGUAUUGGCGGUGUUAUUCGCUUUGCAUGAUGGCGAGCUUAGGUCACUAUGGUGGAACCUGCGCUAUGGGAUCAGUCGUGGACAGCAGGCUACGUGUCCGCCACGUGAAAAGGUUGAGAGUAGCCGAUGCAAGCGUUAUGCCCACACUUGUAGCAGGAAACAUUUGCUCAACGGUUAUCAUGAUCGGAGAGAAGGUAUCGGAUUUCAUAAUAGAAGAUGCAGGACCUUACAAUGAUGUGGAACAUGAACAAAUUAGUCAAGACCAGAUUAAAAAUUUACCCAAUACUUUUGCGUGA